UGUCACUUCCCUGCGCACAACAAGGUAAACUGAGUGGUCAAAUUAUACAACAUGGCCGCGGUUUGUGCAGCGUCUCGUGUCCUCACAAAAAGGGUGCUGUCAUCUAAAGCACUUCCAGCAGUUUGCACUGGCAGCUCCAGGAAUUUACACUUCUCCAUCUACGGGAAAAGGGACAAUGCAAAGGUUUCAAACAAUAUCUCCACCCAAUACCCAGUGGUAGACCAUGAAUUUGAUGCAGUGGUGGUGGGUGCCGGUGGGGCUGGACUGCGGGCUGCCUUUGGUCUGUCCGAGGCUGGCUUCAACACGGCUUGUGUCACCAAACUCUUUCCCACCAGGUCUCACACAGUGGCAGCACAGGGUGGAAUCAAUGCAGCCCUUGGCAACAUGGAGGGUGAUGAUUGGAGAUGGCACUUCUAUGACACAGUGAAAGGAUCUGAUUGGCUGGGAGACCAGGAUGCUAUCCAUUACAUGACAGAGCAGGCCCCAGCAGCUGUCGUGGAGCUGGAGAACUUUGGCAUGCCAUUCAGCCGCACAGAGGACGGGAAGAUCUACCAGCGCGCUUUCGGAGGCCAGAGCCUGAAGUUCGGGAAGGGUGGCCAGGCGCACAGGUGCUGCUGUGUGGCGGACAGGACCGGGCAUUCCCUCCUACACACACUCUACGGCCGGUCCUUGAGGUAUGACACCAGUUACUUUGUGGAGUACUUUGCCUUGGACCUACUGAUGGAGGAAGGCGAAUGCAGGGGGGUGAUUGCACUGUGCAUGGAGGACGGGUCCAUCCACCGCUUCAGAGCCAAGAACACCGUCAUUGCCACAGGGGGCUACGGCCGUACCUUCUUCAGCUGUACCUCGGCCCACACCAGCACAGGAGACGGCAAUGCCAUGGUGACCCGGGCUGGGCUCCCCUGCCAGGACCUGGAGUUUGUCCAGUUCCACCCUACAGGUAUCUACGGAGCUGGCUGUCUGAUCACGGAGGGUUGCCGUGGAGAGGGUGGAAUCCUCAUCAACAGUGAGGGCGAGCGGUUCAUGGAGCGCUACGCUCCCAACGCCAAGGACCUGGCCUCCAGAGACGUGGUAUCCCGCUCCAUGACCGUGGAGAUCCGGGAGGGAAGGGGCGUGGGCCCGGAAAAGGACCACGUGUACCUGCAGCUGCACCACUUGCCCCCUCAGCAGCUGGCCAGCCGCCUGCCCGGCAUCUCUGAGACCGCCAUGAUCUUCGCCGGCGUGGACGUCACCAAAGAGCCGAUCCCUGUCCUUCCCACAGUCCACUACAACAUGGGCGGGAUCCCCACCAACUACAGGGGCCAGGUGAUCACCUACAAAGACGGUGCAGACCAGUUGGUGCCGGGGCUGUAUGCCUGCGGAGAAUCUGGCUGUGCCUCCGUCCACGGGGCCAACCGACUGGGAGCCAACUCCCUGCUGGACCUGGUGGUGUUCGGCCGCGCCUGCGCCCUUACCAUCGCGGAAAUCUGCACGCCUGGAGAGAAGCUGGCACCUCUGAAGCCCAAUGCUGGUGAGGAGUCUGUGGCCAACCUGGACAAGAUAAGAUAUGCCAAUGGAAACACCCGGACGUCUGAGAUCAGGCUGAACAUGCAGAAGACUAUGCAGAACCACGCUGCGGUGUUCCGUACCGGCUCUGUACUGCAGGAGGGCUGCGUCAAAAUGGAUGCCAUCUACCAGGUGCUAGAUGACAUCAAGACCUUUGACAGAGGUAUCGUGUGGAACACUGACCUGGUGGAGACCCUGGAGCUGCAGAACCUGAUGCUGAAUGGCGUCCAGACCAUCCACUCCGCCGAGGCCCGCAAGGAGAGCAGGGGCGCCCACGCCCGGGAGGACUUCAAGGACCGUGUGGAUGAGUACGACUAUUCCAGGCCUCUGCAGGGACAGGAAAAGUUGCCCUUUGAGAAGCACUGGAGGAAGCACACGCUGUCGUACGUGGACCCAAAGACCGGCAAGGUCACGCUGGAGUACAGACCCGUGAUUGAUAGUUCAUUGUCUGAGGAAGAAUGUGCACAUAUCCCUCCUGCCAUCCGCUCCUAUUAAGCACCUCUCGAACAGUCCUUAUUUAUAAGCCAACUCUGCUUUUCAUGGUUGUUCCAAUAAAACCAGUUUAACAUGUGGUCUUCAUACAGUACAUAAGAUACAGCAUAGGACAUUUUGUGUUUGUUAAUAAAUUGUGCUGUACACUUCAGUGAAUUCUUCAAACAGUGUGGUCCAUGAGCAUAUUUCAGUACAUUUGCUAUAGUUGUUUCAGGCAAAUUAAUGAAUAUUUAAUAUUUAAAUAUGGGAUGAUUCUGUAAAACAACUACUGUUAGUCAAGAGAGCAGACUCCACUUAAAUAAUGCCAAUAAGAUACUGUUUUUACUUGUUCUUCAUAUUCAGUGGCCUUCAUAUUCAGGGGAUUACAUUAUCACAUGUAUUCACAUUUCUAUCUUGCAUGUCGUGUUUGUAGUAUUUAUUUGAGCUCAAUAAAAUCGCUCCAGUUACCCAGCACGGUCUGAGAAUGGCUACUGUGUAUAUAACUGGUAUGGUUCAACUUCACUUAACUCGUCUUCCUAAUCUUUACAUCUCGGAAUACUGAAUCACCAACUGGCCCCAUUUGAGCAGCCUGUACUACUAUGUGCUCUGAAGGGCUUGAAGGGUUAAGCUAUAGGAAGCAAUUGUGACCAUUUAAGAAUGUGUUCACAGCUUGCCAGUAGCCCUGUUACCUUCUUUCUUGCAGCUUCCGAGUCUUUUUGCUGGCCUAUUCUGUCACAAAACUCAUGAUCGUUUGCAUUUUAAAUUGAGUACAUGAAACUUUAACCACGCACAAAAUGAUUAUGUGUGUUGAUGUAACCAGUCUUGCAUAUUGCUCCAAUUUAUGUUGUAAGUAUUUAUUUGAAAGGGUAAAACAUGAGAGCUUAAUUUAGAAAUAAGAAAUAUUGACAUUUGGAGAAAUUGUUUUGCAUAAAAUAAAUAUGGACUUGUUUCCCCCUUUCA